AACUAUGAAUGUAACUAAGGAAAUUCAUCGAAUAAAUGCCGGAGAAAUAGACCGAAACAUUUCUACUUCGGCUUCCUGGCAUGCACAGUAUAAAGACUCACCUUAUAUUUUUAUCGGAAAUAUACCUUAUGAUUUGACAGAGGGAGAUAUAAUUACUAUUUUUUCUCAAUUUGGAGAAGUUCUCGAUCUUCAAUUAGUUCGAAAUAAACAAACUGGCGAAUCUAAAGGUUUUGCUUUUUUAAGGUAUGAAGAUCAAAGAAGUACAAUUUUAGCUGUUGAUAAUUUAAAUAAUUUUACGCUUCUUGGUCGUACCUUACGAGUUGAUCAUGCAAGUGCUGAGACGAAAGAUGGAGAAAAGAGGACUGGAAUGAAUGCUGCUCCACCUUUGCUUAGAGGUGAUGAUGAAUCUAUAUCUGGGUCAGAUACCGAAGAUUCAGAAAAUUUCGAGGACAAAGUUGAUCCAGAUGAUCCAAUGAGAGAGUAUAUUAUCAAGAAAUUAAAGAAAGAAAAAAAGAAGGCUAAAAAAAAGGCUAAAAAAGAAAAGAAAAAAAAAAAAAGAAAU